UUUUAGGGCACACUGGGGCUCUCCGGCCGAGACGAGAGAAGAGAAAGAAAAUAUCGAGAGGAAGAGAGACAGACCAGUGGCCCGACGGAUGGCACAGCGCAGCAGGGGCAGGGACCCCAGGAAGUAAAGGCUGAACGUCAAAUUGCCAACCCGCCCCCUUCAGUCCGCGCGAAGCGAAGGCGGCAAGCCCCGAGCGGACGGCAUGCUGCCCGCACUCCGGUCUUCAGCUGAAUGAGAACCCAACGGCGCUGUCUCUUUCCGCGGUAACGGGCCCGACCCGGAGGGUACGAGGAUGCAGGGCCACGGGCUAGGACACCAGUGAACCCGCCGGCGUCGGCCGCGGCAUGAGCGACGGGGGCGCCGAGGACGGGGCGGCCGGCCGGGUGACGUACACGGCGCCCGACGUGGCGCAGCAGUCGUUCCGCCGCCUGCGCCAGUUCUUCGACGACGGCCAGCUGUGCGACGUGCAGCUGCGCGUGGGCUCGCGCUCCUGGCGCUGCCAUCGGCUGGUGCUGGCCUGCUGCUCGCCCUACUUCCAGGCCAUGUUCACCACGCCGCUCGCCGAGAGUCAGCAGCAGGAAGUGACAAUCGGCGACAUCGACGAAGUGGCGAUGGACAAGCUGAUUCAGUUCGCCUACACGGGCGUAGUCCAGCUGACGGUGGAGGGAGUCCAGGCCCUGCUGCACGCCUCGUCGGUGCUGCAAAUGGAGCCGCUGACGCGGGCCUGCUCGUGCUUCGUGCGCGCCCACCUGGAGCCGGGCAACGCUCUGGGCGUGUGGCAGUUCGCCGAGUCGCACGGGCUGCGCGGCCUGGCCCGCAGCGCCGAGCUGUUCGCGCGGGGACACUUCGCCAGGGUGGCCGCCGGCCGGGAGUUCCUCGCCCUCGGCUCGCAGCACCUCGCCAGGCUCCUGGCGGCCGCCGACCUCAGCGUAGAGUCCGAGGCGCAGGUGUACGAAGCCCUGAUGAGCUGGGUGCGCCACGACAGCGGGCCGCGGGCCGCGGAACUGCCGGGCCUGCUGUCUCGCGUGCGCCUGCCGCUGCUGCCGCCGGGCUACGUGCGCCGCCGUUCCGAGGACGAAGAGCUCCUGCGCGGCUGCCACCGGUGCCGGGACCUGCUGGACGAGGCGCGCGACCAGCAGCUCUGGAAGGCGGGCCUGCUGGUCGGCACGCCGCCGGCGCCCGGGGAGCGAUCCAGGCCCCGCCACAGCUACGCCGGGACCAUAUUCUGUGUCGGGGGCCGUGACGCCAGCGGGGAGCCGUCAUCGUCCACGGAAUUCUACAGCAUAGCGGGCAACAAGUGGCUCAAGGCGGCCGACAUGUCGACCCGGCGACGACACGUCGGGGUCGCGUCGGUGGACGGAAAGCUCUAUGCCGUGGGUGGAAGCGACGACAAACACCACCUUGCCAGCGCUGAAGUAUUCGACCCUGAAACCAACUGCUGGAAGUUGAUAUGUCCCAUGAGCGUCGCCAGGCGAGGUCUAGGACUGUGCGAGCUGAGCGGGCCGCUGUACGCCAUAGGCGGCAUGGACGACACGUCCUACUUCAACACGGUCGAGCGUUACGACAGUCAGACGGACACGUGGACAGUGGUCGCACCCAUGAAGUCCCCGCGAGGAGGAGUUGCCGUCGCUGUCCUCAAGGACUGCAUCUACGCCAUAGGAGGCAACGUGGGACAGACAUCGCUCAGCACAUGCGAGAAAUACGACCCGCAUCUGAACAAGUGGUCGUACGUGGCCGGCAUGACUCAGCGCAGAGCGGGCGCAGGGGCCGUCGCCCUCGACGGCUUCAUCUACGUUGUAGGAGGCUUCGACAACAACCUCCCUCUGAGUUCGGUGGAGCGGUACGACGCCGAGCUGGACCGGUGGGUGGGCGUGCAACCCAUGAGCACCAGCAGAGGCGGGGUGGGCGUCGCCCGGCUGGCGGGCAGGCUGUACGCCGUCGGGGGACACAACGGAAGCCGAUACCUGGACUCGGUCGAAGCCUACGACCCGGCUCUCGACAGGUGGGAGCCCGUAGCCAAUAUCCAUGGUGGAAGAGCAGGGCCUGGAACUGCUCACUGCAGCUGUUCAACACCAGCACUUGCAGCACUCAACCGCUAUGACACAAACUGUGAUGACAAUGAUGAAAGUUCUAAUUAGUAAAGCCUUUGCACCCAAGGCGGUGCCUUCAA